UCCGGCCGGCUCCCCGGAGUUGACUUUCCCAGCUGGCCGGGGGCAAAAAGGGAGGGGACGACUUAGCCCGUCUAUGGGGCAGCCCCACACAAAGAAAGCCCUCUCUUCCUCUUUGCUCUCCAUCCUCUCGCCAAAGUCGAAUGUAUUGCAGAUGUCGAUCUCCAGCGAGCAAACAAGAUGGCGCUGCGGACUGGAGGCAAGGGUUCGCCUUCCCAGACUGGGCCUACAAGCCAGAGUCGAGCCCCGGCUCGCGCCAAAUCCAGCUGUGGCAUUUCAUCCUGGAGCUUCUGCGCAAAGAGGAAUACCAUGAUGUCAUUGCCUGGCAGGGGGACUAUGGCGAGUUUGUCAUCAAGGACCCGGACGAGGUGGCUCGCCUCUGGGGGGUGCGGAAGUGCAAGCCCCAGAUGAACUACGACAAGCUGAGCCGGGCCCUGAGGUACUACUACAACAAGCGGAUCCUACACAAGACCAAGGGCAAACGUUUCACCUACAAGUUCAACUUCAACAAGUUGGUGCUGGUCAACUAUCCGUUCAUUGACAUGGGCAUGGCAGGCGGGGCUGUGCCCCAGAGCGCCCCUCCCGUGCCGUCCGGCGGCUCCCACUUCCGCUUCCCCCCCUCAACACCGUCCGACGUGCUGUCUCCCGCCGAAGACCUGCGCUCGCCGGGCGUCUUCUCGGCCGUGGCGCGCCGCCUGGCGCGGGGCUCUGUCAGCGACUGCAGUGACGGCACCUCUGCCAACUCGGAGGUGGAGGAGUCCCUGGCUGAGGAGCAGCGUCGGGGUGGCGGGGACCCCGGCAGCUUCCGGGGCCCCCCAAUGCCCGGCCACACCCGCUUGACCCACGACGGCCUCUUCCGGGUCUAUCCCCGCCCGCGGGUCCCCGAGCCCCUCAGCCCUUUUCCUGUGUCUCCCAUGGCCGGGCCUGCGGGCCUCCUGCCCCCUCAGCUGUCCCCAGCCCUCCCCCUCACGCCCACGCACAUGAACUACACCCCUUCGCCCACCCUCAGCCCCAUGUACCCCGGCGGCUCCCACUUCUCCUUCAACCCAGAGGACAUGAAGCGCUAUCUCCAGGCCCACACUCAGAGUGUGUACAACUACCACCUCAGCCCCAGGGCCUUCCUCCACUACCCAAACAUCGUCAUCCCGCAGCCCCAGCGUCUCGAGAAGCCGCCCCUGCCGCCGCCGCCACCACCACAGGCUGAAGAGCCGCCUUCCCCUUUCAAGUUCAAGCUGCAGCCGCCGCCGUUGGGGCGCCGCAACCGCGACAAGCAGCAGCCCCCCGGCCUGUCCCCGGGAGAGUCCAGCAGCGGCAUGCCAUCCUCCUCCUCCUCUUCUUCCUCCUCUGCCUCUACAUCUGGGGCGGAGCCGCCUCUGCUGCCCCAGAUCAAGGUGGAGCCCAUCUCUGAGGGCGAGUCGGAGGAGGACCUGACCGUCGAGGUGACCGACAUCAGCGAAGACGACGAGGACGUCUUCAAGGCUCCCCUCGUGCCUCUGGAAAAGCUGGAAGAGGAGGAGGAGACCCCGGCGGCCGCAAUGGCGGCCGCGCCCCCUGCCUCCCGCGCCGGGGAGAGCGGCAAAUGCAUCCCUCUCAAGCUGCGCUUCAAGCGCCGCUGGAGCGAGGACCAGAGGCUGGAAGCGGGCGCAGGGGCCGAAGAAACGGAUGACAAGAAGGUGAAGGGGGAAGACGACGCCAGCAGCCACAGGGAUGGGGUGGGUGGCCGGCGGAUCAGCACUGAGCUGCAGCGGGCCACGGCCGAGCUGACCCUGGAGAACCGGGAUUCCUAGAGCUGGGAUGUGCAGCCCCCCCACGGCUCCCUUCCCAGGACAGACGGACAAAAUGGGCAGGAGGGGGAAGAAGGGGGGGCUGGUUUUGCUGCCUUAACUCAGAGAUUAUCUUUUUACCUUUUGUCAGCUUCCCUUCUCUCCACCCCUCCGUCCCCUGUUUAUUCCGGAAACUCUGUAAAUUUUAUUAUUAUUUCUUAUCUGGAAGCCAGACGAAAAGGAAAAAAGAAAAAGGAGGGAAGAAAAAGAAUUAGGGGGCGGGGCGAAAAAAAAUUUUGAACAGUUUUUACGUGUCUAUAUACAUAUAUAAAUAUAUAUAUAUAAACUCUUUGCGGGGAGGGGGGAUUUCUAAAAAAUUAAUAUGCUGGGGCGACUUUUAAGGGUUCUCUUAUUCCUGUUCAACCCCCUUUCCCUUAAAAUCCUUUAAGGUUAUGUAGUCCAAGGCCUUUUUUUAAAAAAAGAAAACCCCGCAGGAAUGAGUAGGGUUUUUUAUUUUUUAAAAGAACGAAAGCUCAUAAUUUUGGUUUUGCCUUCACAGGGGUUUUUAAGGGGUGGUCUUAUUAAAAGAACCCACCUCCCCGAUAUUUUCCUUCUCUCCCCCCCCCUUGCGAUUGGCAAGUUUAAAGCACAAUACACUUUUUAAUCCUCUAGGGGAUUGAGAAGAGAAUUAGCCAUAUUUUUCACGCAUCUCACUCCAUUUUAAUAGCGCCCGAAAAGUGGGGUGUGGGGUAAUUAAUAUCCCCUUCUACACAACCACACAAAUCAGCCUCAUUUGCUAGAGGUUCCUAGGGCAGAGAGUGUUGGACUGCUCUUGAGUCUCGCUCCAGAGCAUCAUCUUAAUCUCUUCACCCAGCCCAUCUCUCCUAUGAAUAGUAAGUUGGUAUAUUUGUGAAACCUUGGGAUCCAGAAUAAUGACAGAAGAGGGAUUUCCACGCACCCAGCCACCCACCCCUCCAAAGAAACUCCUUCAUAAUCCAUUGCUUUAUGUAACCAAAAAUAAACUAGUGGGCUUGGUCACAGUGUGCCCCCCCUCUGCCUGUCCCACUGUGGUCUUGGGUGGGUGGGAUUUCAAAGGGGUUUUUAAGUGCCUGUUGCAAGUGCUUUUUCCAAGAGAGUGGGCACUCCUAUUUCUCUCUUUUUUUCUCCCAACCCUACUAUUCCAAUACUCUUGUCCCACGAAACCCCCCUUCCUUCCUCUCUCCACGCCUCUUCACCCACCCCCAAAUUAAGGCACUGUUUUGCCACCUCGCUGAAUAAAUCCCUCCUCGAGAGGGAGGGCCGGAAGCUGCCCCAUCUCCCCCUUUCUGUCAAAGAGGGAGAUUUGGAGCCAGGGGGUAAAACUGCAGGAUGACAGUGCCUUGCAAAAAAAAACAAAGCAGGGAUCUUUCCCCCCCAAACCCACACUUGUGUACCUCCUAAUUGCGCCCCAAACCCAGGCAGGCAUACCCGCCUUUGUUUUCAGCUACCCCACAUUCAAGCAGGAAAGAGACUAUUUCCAUGUCCCAGCAGGAGAGAGAAAUGUCUGUUGUUGUUUUUUCUGCAUCCAGACGAAAAAACAAAACCACCACUCAAAACGGGUUUUGGAAGAGUGCUGUUCGCCUGGAAGGCUACGUCUUCGAUCAUAACCUGCUGUUUGUCGGGUGGACAUAACGAGGCAUCAUGCUAAAGGGUUUUUUUUUUAUACAGCCUUAUUCAAAUUCUUGUACAUAUCGAGGAAAUGGGGGUGUCUCAUUUUAAGAAUGUAAAAACAAAACAAACAAAAACACAAAUAAAGGGUUUUGAGAUUUCA